UAGGGGAAUGAGCCAAAAGAUGAUGAUGAGUAUUACAAGUGUUGGGAGCAGCGGUGGGAGAUUGUCAAUGGAGGAGAACGAGGAGGAGGAGAUCACUAGAAUGGCCAUAACGUCAUUCCAAGCCAGAGAAGAAGAAAUUGAGAAGAGGAAAAUGGAGGUGAAGAUUAAAGUGGAGUCUCAACUCAACCGAGCAGAACAACAAACCAAACACCUCGCACAUAUUUGGGAAGAACUAGAGGUGUUAACCGACCCUAUGCGGAAGGAAGUUGGCAUGGUUAGAAAGAAGAUAGAUACGGUAAAUCGUGAACUCAAAUCACUCACUCAAGCCUGCCAAAAGAAGGAAAAGGAAUACAAAGAAGCAUUGGAGGCUUUCCAAGAAAAGAACAAUGAAAAAACUCAACUCACCUCCACAUUAAUAGAGAUGGUUAAUGAAAGCGAAAAAUUCAGACUAGGAAAACUGGAAGAGCUGAGCAAGAUAGUAGAUCCCACUCAUCGCUAAUACAUACAUAUACGUAUGUAUUUCAAGACACUUGUAUAAAAUACUCCUGGCUUGUAAUAAACUUUUACUUUGGUCGAUUUGGUAUUCCAUAGCGCCUCGUACUCGAACAUGGGCUCGAGGUAUCUUUAGUUUUUAAAUUUGAGUUUAAUUUCAUGUGAUUGAAUUUCAAUUCAUAUCUUGCUACAUUUUCUUUUUAAGAUUACCUCCUAUGUUUAUUUUGUAAUAUUGUAAUAACAUGACAUGAUAUUAUUUUGUU